AUGCUCCCCGUAGCGUGUGCAGUCGCCGUCUUUCUGGGAGCAGCGCACCCGGCUGUCGCACAGAGGGCGCGCUUCUCGUUGGGAAACUCGACAGCAAACGCCACAGAAAGCCAGGUUGACCCAAACGUAGUGUGGACGACGGUGACGGAAAUCGUCACUCAGACUGCUGGUGCCGAAUGCUCGGCAGCCAAGGAUGCCCUUCACGCGCAGCCGACCCCAGCAGAGUCGCCAACUGCCACUUUUGUCAACAGAGCAUCAGCAACGACGCUCUCUCCGACUGUACACUGGUCGUACGAUACAAGGGAUGUGAAGAAUGUGGUGCCAGUCGAGCCAGACAAGGGCUGUGAGCUUUACUAUGGUGUUUCCGAUCCGUCCGAGUCGGGCUCCUAUGCCUUUGUCCAGACGUUUUUCAAGUCCCCUGCCGUCAACAUAGACCACUCCGAUUAUGUUGCGGUGGAAUAUCGCGAACAACAGGGCAUGACUGUGACCUUUGACAACCAAGAGGCCUUCAAGAACGCGUUGGACACCUGGACCACGAGCAGCGGUUUGCUCUUGAUUGCGUAUACGCCAGGCUGUGGCGAGUACGCCAAGGGAGAACGGUGUUAUUUCAACGUGACUGACAUCGAAUACAAGCCUGAAAAGUUGGUGAUUGCGGCAAAGGGAGACCCUGUACACCCUGACCAAGUCGCCCAUCUCUACGAGGCGGAAUGGGGCUGGUGGGAUGCCAGCAAGGAAAAGGCCCAGACUUCUGCAUCUUCCGCAUCUGCUUCCGCCUCGUCUGCCCCCAAGACGCCGCUGGGACAGCUCGACUGCACGGCUCCAAGCGACGACGCCCAUGGGCUGCCCACCGCAUGUCUGGGGAGCAACUUUGACCGGAUUCUGGACGAGAAGUUGGGGUAUGCCAAGCUGAGCCCAGAGGCCAGACAGUUCCUCGAUAGCCUUUCGUCCGGCUCCAACACUACUCUGUCGGCUCUUGCUCAGCGUAUGCGCCGCCGGUCUCUUGCGCAACGAGGCUUCUGGUCCAAGGCAUGGGACUUUGUCAAGGAUGCGUCCAAGACGGUCUAUCACGCCGUCGCAAGUGCCAUCAACAUCGGGGGCGAGAUUGACGGUGACAUUUCGUUCCACGUACCGGAUCCAGAGUCUUCCAACACGGGGGCCAAGGCCCUUUUGAGUGGGCUGACGCAGGCCGAGUCACCAUGGGGCGAGGCGAUUCUUCUCAAAUCACUCGGAUCCCCAGGUGCAGCCCGCGGCGGCAGUGACAGGAAAUACAUAAAUGUCUACUGUGUCGGAUGCGGUGCUUCUGGCCAUGCGAAAGUCACUGGCAGAGCAAAAUGGUCGCCGCUCUCCGGGCUUGAGGAGGGCCGACUUGAAUUGCAGGCCAAUUUGCAGGUCAUUCUCAAGCUUGGCAUCGAGGCCGAGAUGUCGCUCCGCCAAAACUAUGAUUAUGAUCUCUUCAGCUACGGGCUCCCGGGCCUGUCCUUUGGAGUUGUCACCAUCGGGCCCUAUGUCUCUGUCGGCGCUCGUGUGGUUCUCGAGGCGGCCGCGCGAGGCCAGGUCUUGGUGGGGGCCGAGAUGGGCUUCCAGGACUCGCUGGUUGUCAUAGAUCUCGUCAACCCCAAUGAGAACAGGAACACCGGCUGGGAGCCGUACUUCAAGCCCGUCUUUGAGGCAUCCGGCGAAGUCGAGGUCUCCGCGGAGUUCGGGCUGCCCGUCGGCCUCAAGUGUGGGCUGAAGAUUUCGUCCUUUGAAAAGGCUGUCGGCGUUGUCGACGAGCCUUCGAUCAAGGGCCUCGCCAAAGCUGCUGUAUCUGCUAAUCUGACGGACACUGGAAACAUUGUGGCCGGAUUGGGGGACAGCGAAGGCUGUCGAGGAAUCGUGACUCAACUCAGCUGGCGCAACAGGCUCUGGGCCGGACUGGUUGAAGCUGACGAUGCUCCCUUGUUGGAUACCAAGGAUAGAGCCUUGUUCAGGGGAUGCAUUGGCAGCAGCAACGACAACAAGCCAGCACGACGAGCGCUCGUCGACGGAACGCGUCCCAUGCGAAUCGCGCGAGACCGGCGCCACGUCCAGGCCACAAACAAGACGACGCAGCCUGGCAGCGGGUCAAAGUCACCGAAGUAUAACGUGGAAUCCGUCCCUACCAAGCUGUACAACAAUAGUCCGAGUUACCACGGGCUCUCGCCGCUCGUGGACCCGAGUGGCUCGACAAGGAUUGUUUCCUGCGCCAACGGCAACAUCUACGCAGUCCGCAACGACAACCAGGACAAUGGCUAUUGUUCCGGGCUCUGGAACACAACGGUUCAAGCCCAAGUCGUCCAGGACGCUGUGCACCGAUCACUCCACUACUACAGCGAGACAAUGUCCACGCUCGGCGUCUCGCGUCUCCGGGCCGGCGGCGCUGCUGAAGUGCCACGGACUGCCGUCACCGUGGCACUGGUACCCUUCCCAAACCCCGACGGCGACGACUUUUACGUCGUAGCAGAUGACGCGGAGAACGUCUUCUUCCCCGUGGUCUGCGACUUUGUUGACAAGACUGCAUCCAAAGUGUUUGUGGUCAAGGACGCAACCACGGGCCUGGAUAUGUUGAGGAGGAGGGAUUUGAUGCACUCGGUGACGGGAGGCGAAGUGUCCAAGUGUUAUCCUUUGGCACUGAAGUCAUGA